AUGCAUAAGCUGGCGAACAACGAAAGUGAAAUAAACUCCGACGACUGCAACGAGACAGCGCAGGAGUGCAUUUAUGGGUUUAGCUCUCCGAAGAAGCAGAGGCGGAGUGGCAGCGACGACGAUGAUGGUGAAGGUGAUGCCGACUGUGAUACUUCUGCCAAUUGCAGCGGCGGACGGAGGCACGCAGGCCAGGUCCAAAGGGAUGGACCAGUCCAGAUGAGCAUUACGGGGCUUCAAAAAAAUGAACAGGAUUGCGAACCAGGGGGCAAGAAUUACGCAGAGGAGGAAACGAAUGAUGAGUACACGGAGGAGAGCGACUACGAUGAGGAGGCGGAGGAGGAGGACGAGGCAAAGAGGGGGUCGCAAAAGGAUGGUGCAAUACCGCACGAGAAUGACGGAGUGUCCAACACGUCCAAUGCUUCUCACGCAUCGCUCGAUUGGAACGGCUCUCACGACCCCGGAGAUGACCUCUAUGACGCAGAGCUGAACGAAAUGAUCGAUCAGGAAUACUUCAGAGAGCUCAUCCCCGCCAUCCCCCACGACACGCUGCUGGCAUACAUAACGUGUCUGAAGAUGUUCGGAUUCGAAAGGGAAGUGCAACUGCACCGAUUGGUAAACCUACUGGGAGAUCUAAGGGAUCCCAUUUCGGUCAUUCAGGUGUUAGGCCUACCAGGCAUGGGAAAAACAAAAGUCGUCAAAAGCUUCGUCAAGCUAAAGAACGUCCCGUUCGCGUAUGUUAACUGCCUCAUGGCUCUGUAUCAAUCUGGUAAAUCCGCAAAGAAUGUCAUUUAUCACACGAUACUUAAGGAGCUGAGCACAAAUCUGUUGCAUGAAUUUCAAGAAUAUAAGCAGUCAAAUGGCUUCACAAAUUAUACGCAUGAUCCGACCAAGUUAGUUCCAAAUCAUGUGUCCAACACGGAUGUCUUUUUUAAUGUUCUUCAUAAGCUGUUGUCCUUUCGGCCCGAGGACGGCAGGGGUGGGGGGGAUGCCACUCCAGGGAAGAAACGCCGCCAGGGGGGGAAGCAAAACAGAGGUGGCGUCGGCGGUGUAAACGCAUCGGAGGAUCCGCUAAACGGGAUGACACCUCCAAAUCAGCAUCUCCAGAAAGACAAUUUGUACGACCGAUCUGUGGUGAUCAUUCUGGAUAACGUGCGGUAUUUGGUGAGAACUCACCCAGAUUUAUUUUACGCCUUGACAAGAAUCCACGAAUAUAUUCGUGGCCCAUAUAACGACAUGACCAAAGCGAACAAGACGACGAGAGGCCUCUGCAUCAUCCUAAUCAAUCGCUCCCCAUUGCCGGACGAAAUCUUUGAUGGUCUACCUCAACCCCCAACGGUGUGGUUUGACUCUUACACAGCGGACAUGUGCAAAAAUAUUCUCUACCGGCGUUACAACACCAUGUGUUUCGAAUCGCUACUCACAUACAACGAUAAGGAUUUGAAAAUCUACUGUGUGAAGGAAAACAAAAAGGAGUUUCUCAUCAAAAGGAACGACGUCAUUCUGGAUAACGAAGUCAUUUGCGACAUCUGGUGUAGAUACGUCGACUACAUCAUUAAUGUGUCCUAUAAAGAUUAUAAGAGCGAUUUUCACGAGCUUCUUUUUAUAUGUGCCCACAUGUGGCCUCUCUUCAUAAAACCCAUCCUAGAGGGAACCUUAGAACCAAUUGUAGAAAAUAUGAACGCUCUACAAAGGAACAUAGACACACAUAUUCGAGUGGCUACCUACAACCAUGCUAGCCAUUUUACAUUCGAGCUAAUCGAUUCUGUUUUCUUGAAUGAAAAUAAUUUGAAAAACAAAAUCGACUUAUCGUUCUAUUCAAGAAUUCUACUUGUGGGGGCAUAUCUUGCGUCAAGAAAUUUACCCCUAACGGAUAAACGCUUCUUCAAUGCCACUGUAAAGGGGGGUGCCUUUACCCUACCCAAGAAGAGAAAGGGAAGGAGUAAAAAUGAAUCCAUUUUAACCUUAAUUGGUCAGGCCAUUCCAAAAAAUUUCACCUUCAUUCGAUGGAUAUGCUUAACAGAUUGCCUCCUUGUGUGCUUCUUCAAUGAGAAGUUAACACUCAACAGCCUUAUCUGUCACCAAAUAAAUACCCUCAUUCAGCUCGGAUUUAUCAGCUUCUGUUCUGCAAACAAUAUGUCUUGCUUGGUCCGGAACAGCUUAAUGAAUGGAGUGCAGUGGAGUGGCUACUGUGGCAGUGCGCUGCUAAACUCAACCAACAAUUUUUCCUCUCUCGGAAAUAAUAUCUUUUCGGAGAGUGCAAAUUCUGUUUCGUACGAGUCGCUUGACCCUUAUACGAAGUUGGCUAUUCAGGUCCCCGAGGAGACCAUCCGCAGCAUCGCCAGGGAUCUGAAGAUCCCCCUCGACGAGUUGAUUCUGUGA